AUGCUCUUGAUCAAAACACUCAGCUUUGCAGCCGUGGCGGUGGCAUUCCACCCAGACCUGGCUGAGCUCUUCCCAAGGCAAACGGCAAUCGACAACGGGGACCCGUGCUACACCAAAGUUCAGAGCCUCUACGACUCACAGCCAACCCUAGGACCCGCGUAUAGCUCUUGGGCUUCGUCAAAUUUUGCCACUGUUACCGACAACUGUACCGCGUUCGAGAUCACUGGAACCGCGUUAUCGGUGGUCGCAUCCUGGAGAGAUGAAUUGCGAGACUGGAGAUCGUCACAUUCUUCUGAGAUCAGAAGCUUGAGUUCAGAGUGCAGCUCAUACAUGAAGAGUCGAGCAGAUGCUGCGUACGCUUCUGGAGUCCUGCCGGGACAAAACGCGAUCAUCAACGAGAACCCGCUCUCGGACCACUACACCUGGAUCAUCGUCCAUCACGUCCAGCUCGGUGUUUACUCCUUCUGA